GAGCAGGCGUUCCAAACCAAAGCAGAGAAGGACUGUUAUGGGUCAGUGGUCGCCUCGUGGGCUCAAAUCCAAGAUGGCGGCCUUGAGUGCUGCUGCAAGAUUGACAAGAAGACUCUAUGGAUUUCGAGUUUCUUUUGCAGCCAUUAAGUGUGUUGCUACAAACUCUAAGAUGUAUGCAAGUGACGAGCAAAACGUAACUGAAGAUGGAGAGAAAUCAACAAAAAGGGACCCUUUAACAGUACUAAAAGUCUUGGCCGGCACAGUACAACCAACAGCACUAGCACCACCUAGAGAACUUUUUGAAGAUUUUGGUCUAUACCUCAAGUCGCCAAGGAAAAGGGAAGAAUGUAAAAUAGCCCGAACUUCAGGGUUCAAAGCAGCAGACUUUAUCCUGCACAAAUAUCCACAGUUGUUUCCCAUGAGAAAGGCUGAACCAGACUGGCCAGAUAUGAACCAGGGUGGAGCAAUAGAAACAGAACAGGAUCUAAAAGACAUCAUUGCAGAAAUGAAGCCACAAGAAGCAAUCACUGGUUAUGAAAAGCUCCUUAAAGAUGGAGUCCCUGUUUCACUUCAAACUAGAAAUGAUUUGUUGGAUCUGGUUGGUUACUAUGGUACUAUUAGUGCUGCAGAACCUAAAAGUGGCAGCUUAGAAGGGGAGAGUUCUUCAAGUGAAUCUUCCGAUGAGAGUUCUUCUGAUGAGGAAGAGGUAGAGAAUGUGAGGCACAAGAGGACAUGGAGGUACAGUUAG